AUGAAGACUGUCUUCAGGUUCCAGGUGUUGUGGGACUUGGUAGAGAAGGGCAUGAUGGAGUCGAAGGAUGAGGCCGUUGAACGAGAGAACCGGAAGCGAGACGCGAAGGCACUGUGUUUGAUUCAGCAAGUGGUGGACGGCUCAAACUUGGACUACAUCGCAGAAGCUAAAUCAGCUUAUGAGGCUUGGGAAAUUUUGAGGAAACACUGCCAAGGAAUGUCUAAAGUGUUAUUUAUGAGGAUCCAAGCUCUCCGACAAAGCUUCGAGACUCUGCAAAUGGGAGAUGACGAGGGAGUUCAGGAGUACAUAUCUCUCGGGUUAUUACAAUUACCAACCAAAUUAAGGCUCUUGGAUUCGAAGAAGAUCUCGAAGCUCACUCUAGACGAUCUCUGUGGUACACUACAAGCUCACGAGGUGAAAGUGAAUCGUGCAGCUGGGAAGAUUGUUAAGAAAGCCCUCCAUGUCAAGUGCGAGCAUCCUAUCCUUAAUUACAACAAAGGUAGAGGUGCUGGGAGCUCAUGGGGUGAUGGCAGAGGUCACGUGAGGUCGUUUGUUCACUGGAGAGGAAGAGCUGGGGUUGGUCGUGGAAGAGGUUUUGAUAACAGGAGUCAUAUCCAGUGCUUUCAAUGCAAGAGAUUUGGGCGUAUAAAAGCUAAAUGCAAAGCAAAAGAGAAGCAAUCAAAGAAGGGGCUAACCUUGCAGCAGAAGAGAACAACACUGAGAGUCUCUUCAUGGCGAGCAGUUCUAUUGGUGAUUUACCCAGCACAGUAUGGUGGAAUGACUCCGGUUGUUCUAAUGACAUGA